UGGUGUUAUUAAUUUCUGAAGUUUUUUUUUACUCAUUAAUUUCUGAAGCUAAAUUGAGAGAACACUGUGUUUCUGUGUGUACGCGUGAGAGAGAGAAAGAGAGAGGGAGAGGAAUCGGAUUAGCCCCUUUGAAUUUUCAUUCAGAAUCAAAGGACUCAAAAUCUAGGGUUUUUUUUUGUUCUUCCUCAGGGAUCUGAGGAUAUGCAGUCGAAGUCUGAAACUGCUAAUCAACUGAGUUCGGAUCCCCAUUCAUUUCAGCCUGGUGGUGUUUAUUCUGAACCUUGGUGGCGUGGUGUUGGAUACAAUCCUGUGGCUCAAACAAUGUCUGGGGCCAAUUCAUCCUCUCUUGAUUGCCCUAAUGGUGAUUCAGAAUCCAACGAGGAAGGCCAAUCUUUGUCCAAUAGUGGGAUGAAUGAGGAAGAUGACGAUGCUGCUAAGGAUUCACAGCCUGCUGCUCCUAAUCAACCAGGAAAUUAUGGGCAAGAACAACAAGGAAUGCAGCACACUGCAUCAUCUGCACCUUCCGUGCGCGAAGAAGGUCUCACACAAACUCCUCAGCUGGAACUUGUUGGUCACUCAAUUGCAUGUGCUACAAAUCCGUAUCAGGAUCCAUAUUAUGGGGGCAUGAUGGCAGCUUAUGGUCACCAGCCGUUGGGAUAUCCUCCUUUUAUAGGAAUGCCUCAUGCCAGAAUGCCUUUGCCCCUCGAGAUGGCUCAAGAACCUGUUUAUGUGAAUGCCAAACAGUACCAAGGAAUUCUGAGGCGAAGACAAGCUCGUGCUAAAGCAGAACUUGAAAGGAAGCUCAUAAAAUCUCGAAAGCCAUAUCUUCAUGAAUCUAGACAUCAGCAUGCUAUGAGAAGGGCAAGAGGUACUGGAGGUCGAUUUGCAAAGAAAACUGACGCCGAGGCCUCAAACAACUCAGGAAAGGAUAAGGAUAAUGGCUCUGGUCCCGUCAUGUCUUCACAGUCAAUAAGUUCGUCUGGUUCAGAACCUUUUCCUUCGGACUCUGCUGAAACCUGGAACUCUCCCAACGUGCGACAAAAUGCAAGAGCAUCGAAUGAAAACGGAGGCAGCGGCUCCUACCAUAAUAAUAACAACGGUAUGCAAUCUUCAAGGUAUCAUGGUGAAAGAGUGGAUGAAGGGGACUGUUCAGGGCAGUUACGUGGAAGCAUCUCCUCGAAGGAGGCAUCACAGAGGCGUCUUGCUAUUCAGUAGACCCCCUCGUGCAUGGGGGGUAUAGAUGCUGAGGUUGGUUUUGUAUCCUAGUGAUAUAUUUGGUGACUAAAUACCUUACCUUGGUUAUCUGUGAACAUUCUUGGCGAUAUAUACGCCAAGCGGCAAAUCAUUCUUGGCUGUUGUACUUGUGUUUAUGGUGUGAAUGAUAUAAUAUGGGGGGUGGGGAGAAGAAUGAUGAUUGGGGUAUGUGAUUUCUCUUGAAGUCUCAAUCAAUCCUUCAUUCUAUUCUCAUUUUUGAAUUUUGUACAGAGUUUUAGUGGGUAGAAUCAACUUCAGCUGAUGAUAUGGAUGGAUAUGGUCUGGUCAGAAGACACUAUGGAGAGAAACAAACAAACUCUUUUGAUUUGAUGUACCAACUCUCUUUGUUUGAUGGGUUUUUAAUUUUGUGUAUAACUCAACCUGUUGAUUGUUAAUGUUAACAUGGGACAUCAUUAUUAUAAGAGAAUCAAACAUGCAUCUAGUUCUGGUCA